AUGAAGGAAGGCAGUAAGCAAAAUCAAAAGGUAAAAAAAUAAUAAGACUUUCCAAACAAAUGGCACGAAGCCACCAAAGUGACAUUUCGGUCAAUAAGUCGUUAGUCAGAUCGUUCGCUCAUGUUCACGUUCGUUCAGACACGCUGACCGGGUUUAUGGAGGGAGAGAUCUGUUCAGAUUCUGAACGAACGAGAGCCUCUUAGCUCCCUUUGUGACAAUAACAUCAAGUAUUACCAACAGAUAAUUCUUUGCUGACAUUCAAAACACAGAGAGAUCUAAGGACACGUAUUCAACAGCUGUGCGACUUGAGACAAUCUCAUGCGCAUUUUUUCGAAAGUCUCCAGGUAACAGGGUCACUUUUUACACCGAAACACCGGCACGUUGACCCAGCUAAACCAAGCUAUAUAGCUAGGCUAGCUGUUUGUUAGCUUAGCAUGCUAAACCUUCUGCUAGUGAGUCUCUGCCUCUGGCUUGCAGCAGCUGUGUGUGUGUGUGUGUGUGUGUGUGUGUGUGUGUGUGUGUGACUGUCCCGCUCACAGAUACCCCCCGUAAGAGACUGCCUUAUAGUUUAUUUUAUUCAGUACAUCCCGUUGCGUUCACAAGUCGGUCGGCUAGUGACAGGCUGAAAGCACUUCGUAGAAAGUGAACGCUUGUACUUAGUCAGUCUGAGAGUCGGUCAAUCUCUCGGUCAGACCGGGCUGACUGAAAAGACGGAGACCGAGUCGGUCAUCGGUCCGGGUCUUUCAGUCAACUUGUUCAUUUGUCCGGGUCUUUCGUUCAACUCGGUCUUUCGUUCAUUUAACCCGUUCCUUCAGUAAACUCCCAUCCCGGUCUUUCAGUCAGCUCAGUACUUGCUGCUGCUUCUCUAAGCCCCACCCACACACAGAGCGAGGCGCGACGAUAGGAUAAGACAGGCAAGCACGGAGAUAGUCCCGCCCUAAGGAACGGUGAGCUGACUCUUCAGCCAAUUUAAAGAACUGAACAAACUGAACGAGUCAUUUGGCGGGAGUGACCUCGUUCAUUUCGUUCACCAAAAAUAUUUAGUUCUAUGACCCAUUCAUUGAUGACCGACACACCACGAUUCAGAAGUUAACUUCGCCAGUGUCAACAUCUUUAAAUCUUUAAAAUACUGUAAACUUGAAGAAAGGAGAGCGUAUAAAACGAGGACAACAUAUUCUGAAUCACAGCGCAUCGUGAUUUUUUGAGGUGAGUAAAAGAGAAGCGAACAGAAGCAGGAAGAGGCUGAGUGGAUAAUGCUAACAGGCUAACCGCGCUCGUGUUUAAGCCUAACAUGCUAAUGAACAGGUACAGCUAACUGUUGAGAGACUUCAUCGUUCAUGUAAGCAAAAUUAUCGGGAUGGAAUUGAAGUUAGCAGAUAUUUAAAACUCUUUACUCAAAUGUGGUCAAGUUAAACCCAAAAUAAACCGAAAAACAGAUCAGCGGAUGUUCUCAGGUGGUGUUAUCAUCUGUGUUUUUAAAAUUCAGAAGUGUUUUAAUCUCUGGAAAUUUAAGUAGCUAAUGCAUCGUAGAUGAGACACGAUAUAAAGAAAACGCAAAAGUCGAAACAUCAGGGCUACGAUUAAAUGAACCUAUUCAUCAAAAAUCCCAAAUCAGUUGACCUUGGAACAAAUUAGUAAGUAAAAAAAAACAGUAACAUUACGACAACAAUAUUGUGAUUUUAAUUUUUAAACGUUAAAUUCUAGCUGGAAACUGCGGUGGUUUCUAAAAAAGAAUCAAAUAUGACUGUCCACCAGUGGGCGCCAUUUCAAGACGAAACUGCCCUGCUAUAAACAAAGACAGUAUGAUUCCACUUAUUUUAAUGUUUUCAUCAGAACUAAAGAUUGCUGCCUUUACAACAAAGUCGAACUUAAAUGUUAUUUUCAAGGGCAACUCUGAGUGCUCAGUUGUACAGGACAUCGUAAAAUGUUAUUAUUUUAAAAAAUUUAUGGUAGUUUGUUGCUGGUUAUUGAAGUUAACUUGUUUUCUUUGACUGCCAAGUUAGCCAAAGAAACAAGUCAAACAGGAAAUCGACCAAAGAAAUUGUUAUUAAUAUCUUGUAGCUGAGACUCAACCAAACAAGUUCCUGUUCGAGUGAACUUGUUUAAUUUUGACACAGGAGAGGAGAAUCUGUGAUCUGGUGGUUAAGGUUUCAGUGAAAAUAGUCUUUGAAACUAAGUGAGUAAGAACAGACUCCAUUUUGAGAAAAGAAGAGUGAGUGUUUACUCUUUGUUCUUUUGUCUCAAUGUCAAAGUCUUUUUCUGUAUCAUCUGUUAAUGAAAAAUGAUUUACUGACUAAUACACAAUACACAGAAACCUGACCAGACAAAGAGUUGGAUCAGUACUUGAAACAGGAAACUGCGUACGUGCAGUUCUUCCUCCUUCUUGUUUAGUCCUGUCUUUUUAGUAAAAACAAAAAAAAGUUUCUUUUCAUUUAGCCUCAAAUUUAAUCCAGUCCCCUUAAUUUAUAAUGAGACUUCAGGAACCUCACAGCUGUUGUUGUUUUGACCAUGAAUCAGAGAGAGGCCCUGUAGCAUGGGGAGACAGAAGUACUUGGAUACGGACUAAACCCUGUAUAACUCUUAAAGAGGGUUAACGACUUAAUGGGGGACACACCCGGAGAUGGGUUUCUACGACCCAACCCCUCCCAGUCGUUGUCUGUUCCUUUGUCCAGCAAGAUAUGAUUGCUCCUCACACUAGCAAUUUACAACUGAAGAAGCUUCUUGGAUAAGAGGCAAAACGUCUUCUCAACUCUUCACAGUCCAGUUGCCUGUUUUUAAGUCUAAGAUCUUAAAGAGGGGUAUUAAGCUUAUUUCAGACUGUAUACUUUCUUUCUGAUUCCUCUUUAAUAUCUUUAUAUGAUUUUCAGUUAAGUCUCCUGUUUCUCACUCUGGUGUAUUAAAAUAUCUUUAUUUCAGCCUCCUCCUAAAACACUUCAUUUUAGCUGCUGUCUCUUUAAGGCCUCCUGUCCACGAGUCUACUUCUAUUUCUGAACACUGUCCUCCUGUUUGUAUCUCACCUGUUUGUCUACUUUGUCCUCAGGUUGUACUCGGUUUCAUCUUCCAAAAAGUUGCUCAACAUCAGAUGGAGAAGAUGAGUGUUUGUGUCGGGAACUUCAGGAAAGAACCAGGACCCUCAGAUUCACAGUAAGAGAAACACUUUUCAACCACUGAACUCUCAAACAACAACAAUUGAUGUUUCAAAAACAAAACUUUAAAUUCUGACCCCUCUGUUUUCUACCAUGGUGAGAAAAAUGAUCUCCUCUCCUCUGAAGAAAUCAUUCCUGUUUGAUCUUUUGAUAAAAAACUGUAGAAUUGGUGGAGAAAAUCUCUCCACCCUCAAAAAUCACAGUUUAGUUUUUCUCCUGUCUCCACACUUUCAGGCAGCAGCAGCUGAAUAUUUUACAGGAGAUUGUUUUAUGUUAGAGAAAAGAGUGAGGUCAGAAACUCUGGUUUAAUAAAUGAUUCUUAUUCUGUAUCUUUCAAACAUGAAAUGAUAAAGAAAAUAAAUGUUCUUUAUUUCCACAGAGAGACACAGAGAUGUGACUCUGUGGAGGAGCAGCUGUCCAGAUGUUCUUCAUGUCAGGACGUCCUGAAGGAUCCAGUCUCUUACCGCUGUGGACACCUGUCCUGCAGACAGUGCCUGGCCUCAUGCAGGCACCAGUAUACUUCUUUAAUACAAACCUCCUGUCCCCAGUGUGGAAAAAGAACCAGAACAGCUCUUGUCUCUCAGACAGACAGUCAGUCCAGCUCUGAUGGAAGUAAGUCUGAACAUCUGUCCUCUAAAGUCUCUGUGGAUGAAAACUCAGCUGACUGAUUUUCACAAAGACGUUUUCGUGUUGAGAAGUUUGGUUCAUUUGAUUUUUCUUCUCUUUCAGCAGAUGGCGGUCUGCAGGAGGUUUUAGAUGAACAUAAGAUCAGUCUGAAGAGGAGAUGUGAACGUGUGAAUGAAGGAAGUGAUGGAACAGGAAGUAGUCAAACCCUCCUCAACAGGAUCUUCACUGAGCUCUACAUCACAGAGGGACUGAGUGAAGAGGUGAACACACAACAUGAGGUGAGACAGCUGGAGACAGCUUCAAAGAUGGAGACCCUCCAUGACACGCCCAUCAAGUGCCAUAAGAUCUUUAGAGGCUUACCGUGUCUACAGGAAGUGGUCAGAGUGGUUCUGACCAACGGCGUGGCUGGUGUUGGAAAAACUUCCUUAGUGCAGAAGUUCACUCUGGACUGGGCAGAGGGUCUGGAGAACCAAGACCUCAAUCUGGUGAUCCUGCUUCCAUUCAGGGAGCUGAACCUGAUCAGAGAUGAGCGCUUCAGUCUUCUGAGUCUGCUCCAUGUUUUCCAUCCAACACUAGAGAAGGUCACAGCAGAGACGCUGGCUGUCUGUAAACUUCUGUUCAUCUUUGACGGUCUGGAUGAAAGCAGACUGUCUCUGGAUUUCACAGACUCUGAGGUCCUGUCUGACGUCACACAGAAGUCUUCACUCAACGUUCUGAUAACAAACCUCAUCAAGGGGAACCUGCUCCCCUCAGCUCUCAUCUGGAUAACUUCUCGACCUGCAGCAGCCAAUCAGAUCCCUCCUUCAUGUGUGGACAGGGUAACAGAAGUACGAGGCUUCACUGACGACCAGAAGGAGGUGUACUUCAGGAAGAGGUUCAGAGAUGAGGAUCUGUCCAGAAGAAUCAUCAAACACAUCAAGUCCUCCAGGAGCCUCCACAUCAUGUGUCAGAUCCCGGUCUUCUGCUGGAUCACUGCUACAGUUCUGGAGGACAUGAUGAUCAGAGAGCAGAGAGGAGAGCUGCCCAAGACCCUGACGGACAUGUACUCACACUUCCUGCUGGUCCAGACUAAGAGGAAGAAGCAGAAGUAUGAAGGAGGACAUGAGACAAGUCCUCAGGAGCUGACGGAGGCUGACAGUGAAGUCCUCCUGAAGCUGGGGAGGCUGGCCUUUGAACAUCUGGAGAAAGGAGACAGCAUGUUCUACCAAGGAGACCUGGAGCGGUGUGGUCUGGAUGUCUCAGAGGCCUCGGUGUACUCAGGAGUUUGUACAGAGAUCUUCAGAAGAGAGAGUGUGAUCUUCCAGAAAACUGUUUACUGUUUCAUUCAUCUGAGCGUUCAGGAGUUUCUGGCUGCAGUCUACAUGAUCCACAGUUUCACAAACAGGAACACAAAAGUUCUGAAGACUUUCCUAAGAGGCAAAAAAGACAAACUGGAUGACUUCCUGAAGAGAGCCAUGAGGAAAUCCCUUCUCAGUAAAAACGGUCACCUGGACCUGAUUGUUCGCUUCCUUCAUGGACUCUCUCUGGAGUCAAACCAGAGACUCUUAGGAGGUCUGCUGGGUCACACAGGCAACAGUCCAAUAAUGAUCCAAAGAGUCAUCAACAACCUGAAGGAGAUGAACAGUAGAGAUAUCUCUCCUGAAAGAAGCAUCAACAUCUUCCACUGUCUGAUGGAGAUGAACGAUCUGUCAGUUCAUCAGGAGAUCCAAGAGUUCCUGAAGUCAGAGAAGAGGUCAAGGAGGAAAUUCUCAAUUAUCCAAUGCUCUGCUCUGGCCUACAUGCUGCAGAUGUCAGAGGAGGUUCUGGAUGAGUUGGACUUUAAGAAGUAUAAAACAUCAAACCAGGGACGACUGAGACUGAUGCCAGCUGUGAGGAACUGCAGAAAAGCUCGGUAAGUCCAGGUUUUAUUCUCAGAAUAGUGUAAAUGAUCCCUGUAGUUCUUCUAAUGUCCACGUUACUGAUGAUGUUCUUCUUCAAAUAGAAAUCAGCUAAAACUAUCAGGGAGGGGGUUUCUUUAGGUUCAGCAAAAACAUGAUCCUGGUUUUUGUCUGUAAUGAAUAAAGUGGAACUUUCAGGACAAAUCAGCGACCAUAUCUGAGGACACACAGAGGUCUUCUGAUGAUGGUAUCAGUCCAGAUCAACAUCUCAGUCAGUUGUGGUGAACUUGAGUUUGAAGAAGGUGUCUGCAGCUUCUUCCUGCUGGAACUGGAUCAUUUUCUACACAGUGGCAGAACUGUCUCUGUACCAUCAUGUUCAUCAUCAUCAAUACAACCAUGAAAACUAACAUCAUUUUCCACCACUCACUGGAUAUUAUCUGGUGAACUAGAACAUAUGCAUGAUGAGAACAUGAGUUAUUUGGACAGCAGCUCCAUGUGUCUGAAAACAAUGGUGGAAAUAAGAUGUUAAUGUCUCUCUCUAUGCUAAUGACGCACUAACACUAGUCUGCCACAUAACACCUCAUAGUAUGGGGAAACAGCUGUGCUCUUCCACUGUAUAUAUGGACACCAUGUCUCUAAGGAGAAGCAGUGUGACUGCAUCAUCAUCAUCAGUUUUCCAUGGUGUCCCUUUGUUGUCAUAGUGAUGCUGCAGAGUGAAGAUGGUUCCUCUAAUGUUGAGGUGUUGGUGGGCUGUAGCGGUCACAUUUCUCCCACUCGGGUGCACGCCUCGGUUUAAGGUCUGAACCAGGUCUAAAGGACAAACAAGACAGACUUUUUUAGGGGGCAAAAACUAGCAAAAAAACUAGCAAUCUGUUAUUUUUAUAGGAGUUAUGCGAACUUAUGUCUCAUAGAGUUCAAAUAACCUCAAUCAUGAGAGAGAGAGAGAGAGAGAGAGAGAGAGAGAGAGAGAGAGAGAGAGAAACAAAUACAGAGGUUCAGUGGGUCUUUGUAUCUGUCUCUUAAAGGUCUCUCUGGAUUCAUCAGGCUUUAUAAACUUGUUUCUGCUGGUGAAGGGAAUGUUACAUGGAGAAAAAACUUUCACUGUGAAAACAAAGAAAUCUUCAAAUCUUCAAAUGUUCAGAGUCAAACCAGCUCUAACCUGCUAAAAAAACGAUUUGAUCUGAACCAAUCGUAGAAAAAGGAGCUGCUGCUGUGAUUUAGUGAGUCGUCCUCUGAUUGGUCAACAGGCCGUCUGUCAAACCAAAGAUCAUGUUUAAGUUGUUUUUGGUGAAGAGAAACAUCAAAUUACCCUUCAAUGAAAUAUUGUUUGAUGUUUAUGUUGUUACAGAUUUUCUGACUGUGGACUCUCAAAGACUCACUGUAAAUUUGUGGCCUCAGCUCUGAAGUCCGACCCCUCCUAUCUGAGACAUCUGGACCUGAGUGGAAACAAACUGCAGGAUUCAGGAGUGAAGCUUCUCUCUGCAGGACUGCAGAGUCCAAACUGCAGACUGAAGAUUCUGAGGUCAGACACCAUUUCCUUCUGAUCUAACAAUAAGAUGUGACAGUUUCUGCCUUAGAUUUUUCUCUGUGGUUUUUCCAUCAACUUUGGUCGAGCAGUUUGAAUUUGUAGUUGUAAAACUUCUACUCAAAGUCAACUCUGAAAUGUUAGAUUUUUCUUCCUGUGUUGAAUGAUGGAUGUAGAAAGGAAGCAGGAGAAAAUCAGUCCCACAAAUAUUACACAUGCUUGUAGAGGGCAGGAGCAGCACAGACUAAAGGCUGACAGUUAAUGUGAUCACUAAUGAAUGAAUGAAGUGUCAGAGAAAUGAUGAGCUGCAGAUUGAAACCUGAAGAACAAAGUUAAUCCAACUCUGAAGAUUUCAUUUGGAAACUCUUGAAAACUUGAAUUUCUUCUUUGCUCAGUCGUGUUCAAAUGUAAAAACCAGAUCCAGAUUUUUCUGCAGUUUUCACUUCAGUUUGUUGAACAUUAACAUCAUCUUGUCCAGUUGGUCCAUAAAAACCUCUCUGAUCAAUGAUCUGUUGGUUUAUUUACGAGUAGUUUGUCAGUUGUUGACAGCAGACGGACAGAGCCCUGAAUAUACUCCUGACUAUUUUAAUCUUCAUGAAGAAUUCAGGACUACAAAAAAACCUUUUAGAUUUCUCACAUUAGUUUCUCAGGAUCUCACUAAAGUUUUCUGUAUUCUAAACAUAUUCUUGACUGAAUUAUUCCUCAGGAUCUUCACAAAGUUUAGAGAGAAUUUCACAAAGUUCCUCAAGAUCAACUCUGAAAAAGUUCUCCUUCCAUGUCCUUCAAGGGCUCAAGAACAUUAAAUCAUUAAAGCAGGAACAGUUUCUUUAGAGGUUCAAUGAUUUUUUUUUUUUUCAGACUGAGUGACUGCAGUUUGUUUAGCUGUUCUUCUCUGGCCUCGGCUCUGUAUUUCAAUCCCUUCCAUCUGAGACAGUUGGACCUGAGUGACAACAAAUUGCAGGAUUCAGGAGUGGAGCUGCUGUGUGACUUUCUGCAGGAUCCAAACGGUAAACUGGAGCAUCUGGGGUAAGUUUAGUCUUUGUCUGUUUCUGGUGUAGCUUUUGAUGUUUAAUCAUUUUUUUAACCCAAUUCAAAUGUUCACAGACUUGCUGAAUAUUUCCAGAACUUUCUUCUCACUCACAUACAUUCAUAGUUUUUAUUGAAUCAGCAGUCAGAUACAGAUGGAGGAAAAUGAGCACUGUGAGUUAUUUUGUUGAUUGAAUGUUGAUGAUUUUUUAUCAAUGGUUCAGAUGAUCACUGCAGUGAUGUUGACGGGUUUACUUCCUCGGUCUCUAAAACAUUCAAAUGUUCAAGGAUGCAGUGAACUCAGUAUCCAUGCAGCUCAGGAACACAGCUCAUCUUUUUCAAACUUAAAAAUUCUUGAGACUGAAUUUUGUUUGUCAUGAGAUGUGACAGCUGAUUUUAUAAAUUAACUUGAAGAUAACUUCAGAGACAUUUUGAACAUAUUCGUGAGUUAAUAUUCAUUAAUUACAACCAUAUCAUACUGAUAUCAGACAGGAGUGUGACAGGUGUUUAUUAGUCUUUUUGACACGUUACAAUAAUGAGGAUAAAGUCAUGGACUAAACUUGGGCUCCCAGUUUCCUUGUUGUUGUUGUUGCUUCAGCUAGCAUCAUUGUUUUCAUCACAGUUCUUAAAGUAAUAAUGAUGCUUCAUGAAUUCAGAGUCACAAAAAACGCCAAACAAACCAAAUCUAAAAAAAAUCCACUUUUUCAUCAGAUGUGUUUAAUCUGUCAGAACAUGAGGUUUGAGUUUUCAUGAGGAGGAAUAGAGAAAUAUCUGCAGUGACAGAGAGAAACACAGACGCCUGAAUUUACACUGACAGACACACAAACACAGACAGAGAGACACAAACAGGGAUUUCCACUUUGUCACUUUGCUCUGAUGACUGAAGUCACAAAAACAAAGUUUUCAUCGUCACUUUUAUGUUUGAACCAAAUAAGUUCAAGAGGAAGAGUGGAUCUGUCUGCUGUCUGACCUUGUUGAUCCUGAUGAAGGUGAGGGAGAAGAGUAAAGCAGUAAAGGUGAUGUUGUUGCAGACAGAGUCAGCUGACCUGUCUCAUCAGAGUCUCAUCCAUUCUCUGUUUAGCAGAGCGCUGAUGUUACAGUCUGAGAGCACAUUCAGGUUCAGCUUCACAUGGGCUGGAUCUGCUCAAUACAAACUCUUGAGACCAGCCUGGUUGAGGGAGGUCCGCUCAGUGUCCUGGGUGACUCAGCACAUUUAGCUCUCACUGAGCUCUUCUUGGUUGAGAGUAUUUCUGGUUUGUCUCUGACUUCCAUGAACUCAGAUCUGGAGGAUUGCUGGCUGGUCUGGUCCAGUUCUGACAGUAGAGACAACACAGUCUGUUAUUCUGGGUUGAGUGUUCUUGUUGAAGAUCAGUGUACAGUGAGGGAUGAAGGCAGACAAAGAUCCUCCUGUUUCCUCCAUGUCACAGUUCAAGUUCAUUUUGAAGACUUUUAUUGAUCCGAGCGCUGAAGAGGAACAGGAAACAUGGAGUAGAGAGUGAGGGAGGACUUACAGCAAAGGAUCAUGGGAGUCUAACCAGCAACUGCUGCGACAAGGACUCCACCUUCUGAACACCUGAACCUCUAAUCCAAACCAAUGCUCCAUCACAUUUGAUGUCUUGUCUGUUAUUUAACAUGGAGGGUCAGAGCAGACCAGAUAAUGAGCUCUGACAGACUGGAUCUGGUCCAAAGGUCUCCUGUUGGAGUUCUCUGAGCUCAAUAUUUUAAAUCUGAACACGUGAAGUUUGAUUAUUAAUUAUUUUUAUCUACAUUCUCUUUCCUUUUUUCAGACUGAGUGGCUGCAGUUUGUCAGAGAUCAGCUGUUCUUCUCUGGCCUCAGCUCUGAAGUCCAACCCCUCCCAUCUGAGUGAGCUAAACUUGGGUAACAACGAUUUGCAGGACUCAGGAGUGAAGCUGCUGUGUGACUUUCUGCAGAGUCCAAACUGUAAACUGGACAUUCUGGGGUAAGUUUGUUGAUGAUGUUUUCAUGUCUAGAGGACAUGCUGGAGUGAAUUCAACCAAACCUCCUGAGAAAAAGACAGCAGUGGCAGCCAUUAGAUCAGGCUUCAUGACGUCUGUGCGUCCCUUUAAUCAACCAAAUCAGCAGUCUGAGAGUUUUCCCUCAUCUCUUUAGAUUUGAUGGUUUUUGUGAUUUUAAUGUUUCCACACAAACUUUAAAUUGUUGAAACUGAAUUUUGUUCGUCAUGAUAAUGUGACAGCUGAUUUUAUAAAAAAACUUUUAGAUUUGGAGUUAAAGUGUUUCAAUUUCAGACAUUUUGAACAUAUUUAUGAGUUUUUAUUCAUUAAUUACAACCAUAUCAUAGUGAUAUCAGACAGGAGUGUGACAGGUGUUUAUUAGUCUUUUUGACACGUUACAAUAAUGAGGAUAAAGUCAUGGACUAAACUUGGGCUCCCAGUUUCCUUGUUGUUGUUGUUGCUUCAGCUAGCAUCAUUGUUUUCAUCACAGUUAUUAAAGUAAUAAUGAUGCUUCAUGAAUUCAGAGUCACAAAAAACACCAAACAAACCAAAUCUGAAAAAAAUCCACUUUUUCAUCAAAUGUGUUUAAUCUGUCAGAUCAUGAGGUUUGAGUUUUCAUGAGGAGGAAUAGAGAAAUAUCUGCAAUGACAGAGAGAAACACAGACGCCUCAAUUUACACUGACAGACACACAAACACAGACAGAGAGACACAAACAGGGAUUUCCACUUUGUCACUUUGCUCUGAUGACUGAAGUCACAAAAACAAAGUUUUCUUUGGUUCUUGAACUUAUUUGGUUAAAUCAUAAAAGUGACAAACUCUCAGAUUUUGUUCUUCCCAAUAUUAUUUAAUGAGCUCUUUCAGACUGGAUCUGGUCCAAAGGUCUCCUGUUGGAGUUCUCUAGGCUUGAUUUUUUUAAACCUGAAAACGUGAAGUUUGAUUAUUAAUUAUUUUUAUCUACAUUCUUUAUCCUUUUUUCAGGCUGUGGAGCUGCGGGUUGUCAGAGAUCAGCUGUUCUUCUCUCGUCUCAGCUCUAAAGUCCAACCCCUCGCAUCUGAGAUUUCUGGACCUGAGUGACAACAAAUUGCAGGAUUCAGGAGUGAAGCUGCUGUGUGACUUUCUGCAGGAUCCAAACUGUGAACUGGCGAUUCUGGGGUUAGUUUAUUCUUUGUCUGUUUCUGGUGUAGCUUUUGAUGUUUAAUCAUUUUUUUAACCCAAUUCAAAUGUUCACAGACUUGCUGAAUAUUUCCAGAACUUUCUUCUCACUCACAAACAUUAAUAGUUUUUAUUGAAUCAGCAGUCAGAUACAGAUGGAGGAAAAUGAGCACUGUGAGUUAUUUUGUUGAUUGAAUGUUGAUGAUUUUUUAUCAAUGGUUCAGAUGAUCACUGCAGUGAUGUUGACGGGUUUACUUCCUCGGUCUCUAAAACAUUCAAAUGUUCAAGGAUGCAGUGAACUCAGUAUCCAUGCAGCUCAGGAACACAGCUCAUCUUUUUCAUACAGGAAACUUUGUCAACAACAAAGGUGUGUUAAAGUCCCAUCAGUCAGCAGCUUUAGUCAGAAACCUUGCUGUCAGAGCUCCGUCAUUUCAACCCUCUGUAUAACUCCUCAGCACAGACCAGACCCUGUGAGCACAUCCUCACAACAUGCUGCUUUAGUUACAACAGCAACAAUCAGCUGAUAGCAGAGAUUUCAUCCAAACAGUCCAGGAUACAAACUUUGAAGUGGUUGGAAAAUUCAGGUGUCCACCGCUCAUGCAGAGUUGACUCAUGUUGAUGAUGUUUUCAUGUCUAGAGGACAUGCUGGAGUGAAUUCAACCAAACCUCCUGAGAAAAAGACAGCAGUGGCAGACAUUAGAUCAGGCUUCAUGACGUCUGUGCGUCCCUUUAAUCAACCAAAUCAGCAGUCCGAGAGUUUUCCCUCAUCUCUUUAGAUUUGAUGGUUUUUGUGAGUGAGAGGAAGAGUGGAUCUGUCCACUGUCUGACCUUGUUGAUCCUGAUGAAGGUGAGGGAGAUGAGUAAAGCAGUAAAGGUGAUGUGACAAAGGUGACAAAGAUCCUCCUGUUUCCUCCAUGUCACAGUUCAAGUUCAUUUUGAAGAGUUCUCUAAGCUCGACAUUUUAAACCUGAACAUAUGAAGUUUGAUUAUUAAUUAUUUUUCAUCUACAUUCUCUUUCCUUUUUUCAGACUGAGUUUCUGCAGUUUGUCAGAGAUCAGCUGUUCUUCUCUGGCCUCAGCUCUGAAGUCCAACCCUUCCCAUCUGAGAAACCUGGACCUGAGUGGAAACAAUCUGCAGGAUUCAGGAGUGAAGCUGCUGUGUGACUUUCUGCAGAGUCCAAACUGUGAACUGGAGAUUAUAGAGUGAGACUUUUUUUCCUCCAUUCAAACAUUAUCAUGAUUUGUUUGUGAUGAUGACACUAAACUGCUGACUCAGGACUGAAACACUGACCCAGACUGAACACCUUCAGUCCAGAGUAGAUUUUCUGCAUCAGUGGAUUAUUUGAUUGACUCCAGUUCGAUCACUGCUGAGCUCCAGUGAAUUAAAACCUGAACCCAAGAAGAAAACUCUUUGUAGAGUUCACAGUGAGAAGCACAUUCAGACAGAAAACAGAAGCAGGAGGAGAUUUGUCAGACGAGAACCAUUCAAACUUUUGUUCAGGACAAGAUCAGGGAAUAGAAAAAACUCAGAGUUUAGUUUCUGACACUGAUGAAAGUCCAGCUCUGUUACUUUGAAUUUUGAUUGUUUUAAAUAUUUGUGUGAAAAUCUGAAUUUGAUGGUUUAUCAUGUGUUUUUGAAUUCACUGUUUCAAACUGACUUCCUGUUUGGUUCAGCUCUUUGGAGCGUCACUUUUCUCUGAUUCAUACUUUCCAAACCUUUCCCCUGAACUCUACAGAUUUAAGACAUCAGGUUUCAAACUGGAUCAUUUUUCUCUAAAAUCUCAUUAUUUCCUCUUUAUUUAGGUUGAAAUACUGCAGUUUGACAAAGAUCAGCUGUUCUUCUCUGGCCUCAGCUCUGAAGUCCAACCCCUCCCAUCUGAAAACUCUGGACCUGAGAGACAACAAUCUGCAGUAUUCAGAUCUGAAGCCGCUGUGUGAUCUUCAGAAGAGUCUAGACUACAGCCUGGAGGAUCUGAGGUCAGUAUAGAGUUGGAGUUGCAGAUAUUCAGUAUUUCCUGCUGACUCUUCGACCCUCUCAGAGGAUUCUUUCUUUAGUGAAGCUGUGAGAACAGAAAUCAUCAAACCAGGAGUGUAAGAGUGUCAGUCAUGAAAAAAGUGUCUCCUCGUCUCUAUAUUUCAGAUCAAAUGUAGAAAUGAGACAUAAUGAAACAGAAAUGUUCAGUUUCUGCUCUGAAGUCCAGUUUAUAGUUCUCUGUAUUCAACACAGACUUUAUUUCUCUGCUAACUUGUUGAUUUUGAGCUCUAAGUUUGAAAACAGACAGCUGUUCUUUAUACUUGUUAUUUUCACAGCAGGUUUGUUCGAUCAGCUUUAACACAUUUGACAGGAAUGAUUUCUUUAUUUUGAUGAUGUUGGUUUAUUUGUGAGGAAACCUGCUGCUGUACACCAUCACUUCUGGUCUGAGCAGGACUGGAACCUGCUGGUCUGUAAACUGGAUGUUCUUCAGUCCAGCUGAUGAAGUGAGUCUCAGAGUGGAAACACUGAUUGUCUUUUUUUCUCUCCGCAGCCGGGUUGACCUCGAGAGUGAUGAUGAAGAAGAUGAUCUGUCUUCUGAUGAUCAGAGAGGUGAAGGCAGCAGCAGUGAGGAUGAGUCUCUGACUUGGCCAUGUUACUGA